AUGGAAGAGGCGUUAAAAAGUACUUUGCAACCGGAAAUAAAUCCCAAAAAUCAAGAAAAAAUUGCAGUGGAAAAAGAGAUAUUAAGCAUUUACCCGAAUGACAAGGCAAAGGAGAAGAAAUUAGAAAAAAAUAUAAAGAAGCACUUGGCAAAAGCAUAA